AUGCAACUCACAUCCGCUUACGCAGGCACACUGCUCGAAGAGUCCCAGAACCGGGCAGGUUUGGUUCAGGCGCAUCGCAACGCCGCUGACUCUGAUGAGUGGUCAGAGGAUUGGCUGUUGGCUCUGUCGACGAGCUUGAUAGGUGACAAUCAGUACCUCCGUCUCUGCCAAGAUGAACAGUGGGAGCACCUCAAACCAGUGAUCAUCGAGUUGUAUACUGGUAAUUAUGGGACGAACAACAAACCACUCAAGAUCACGCAGGUUGUCUCUUUCAUGAAGAAGUACUAUCACUUCCAGGCAGCACAAAACACAUAUCCCCACAAAUUCCGAGAAUGGGGAGUGAGCGACCGCCGUCUGACCAAAGCCAUGGUUAACGAGAUCGCUGCUGCUCUUGGAAGACGCUCUGCCGCCAGAAUGAUCGGGAUGCCUCUGCCAUACGCUGCGUUCGUUUCGGCACUGCCGAAGAUCCCGGAGGCCGCCUCCCCAUACGGGACACAGGCGGCAACGCCUGGCUACUUGAUGAUCAACGACUCUGAUGCAACAUCCCCCCAAGGUGAAGGUGUAGGCCCGUCUCCAAAUAUGCAACUUCUUCUACAGAAAGCGAGAGACGACCGAACAAGUCUGUUUCUCCAGGGGCGUUUGAAAGAUCUUAUUGUUAGCAUGAGCCAAGAUGAUCGAAGGAUCUGUGUUGACUACUUUCAUGAGUUCUAUAUGCACGGCUUCGUUACUGCGAAGAAUUGGGGAUCUCCACCGUCGAUCGUUGACAUCCCCACCCCACCUGCCUUCACACCAUCGGCUUUCCUCCAAUAUCCAUCAAGUCCAUUACUAUCCGAUUCUCCAUCUCGACCGAAACCUAUAAACCCUCCAACUUCCCUUUGCCAGUGGUGCAUCCACGUGAAGGAAGUUGGAUACGAAGCUCUUCCAGAUCAGUCAUCUGAUACAAAUAGGACACCUACUCCAUUUGCAGACUCUCUCCAAACAGCUAUAGCGACUGGCGAGUUUACGGAGCUUCGAAAUGACAACUUGCCUCUUUCACACGAGACUAUCGUCAAGUCUCUAACCGAGAAUCCGAUUACUUUGCAAGUAGAUGCCUGGAAAUUGGCUAUUAUGGCCGGCAACACCGAUUUGCUAAAUGACUUAAGCAACGAAUAUGACGAAGAGGAGGACUUUCCCGACGCGCUUAUGACAGUUUAUCCUUACCACCUUGCAGCCUCGUUUCUCAAUGGAGGUGGAUCUUGUUGCACAGUCUUCGGCACUUUGGCUGCAGAAUGCCCGCGCACACUUCUGCUUCGACAUUAUGUCAACGAGUUGGGACAUACCAUUCUCGAUUCGUUACUAGUUUCCGUUCUACGCUCACACACAAGUGUACGUCCGGAGACAGUGAGUCACGAGUUUGGUGCAUUUUCCAGAUUUCCAGGAGAGGAGAAAGACAUAUGUGGCAGGUGGGAUGUCGAUAGUCCUGAAGUACGUGAGUUGUUUGCACAAGGCUAUGCUCGGAUACCCACUAAAUGGAAGCAUCCAUUUUGCCAUUCUGCUGUGCAAGCAGUAUGUCACAGCGCUAUGGUGGUACUGGGGCCUCGGGCAACUCCCGACAUAGACUGCCCGAGUGGUCUGUUCCUACGUCGCUGCACAGAGUGCGGUAUGGAACUGAAAUUGGGUCCACUCCAUGCGGUCGUUGUCACGGCGUUCUUUCUAGCCCAGUCAGGAAUGCAAGGGGAGACUCUAUUCGGACCACUAGCAAUCCUAGUAUGUCUUUUGAAUAUGGGCGCUGAUGUCAUGAUUUCGGCGAACGUAUCAGUUGAAGAGAUAAUAGGGUUCUCUGGAAUAGGACACUGUCGGCACAGGCUUUUGACAGCAUCUGAAAUGAUGCGGUCCGUCCCGGACAGCGUGGUUGAAAAGUGGAGCGAUGCUUGCCAGGCAGGCUGGGACUCUUUGCUGCAUACGCUUAUAAAGGGCGAGACCCUUUCCUAUGAUCAUGAUGAUCGCACUCAACUGCAAUCAGAAGCCGAUGGUGACGAUUCUGAUGAUGAGUCAGGACCCAUCCAAUGGUUUCACGAGGAUACGAAGAUCAAGUGCACCAACAAAAAGAUCGGACUUCUGUGGGCAACAAUACACACAGAGUUUCUAACUUAUCGCCGCACGAAGGUUGGUGAUCCCUGGAUCUCUGACAACUUUCAGAUGAGUGCAUUGCGUGCAUGGCUCCGGGAUGAGGCUGAAAACUUCGACACACCGCUAGGAACUUGGAAGCGCGCCAUUUGGCUAAGCCUCGCCACCAACUUUUACUGUGAGACACCAACACGCACCGUCACUAUGCGUCUCGUUAACACGAAAACCAUCGACCUUGAAUUCUUCCCAGAUGAUAUUGUUCCCGACUACGCGAUUCUGUCCCAUACAUGGGAGCAAGAGGAAGUCCUGUUCCACGACAUAGGGCACGAUGCCGCCAAAUUAAAGAAAGGCUACGCAAAACUCGAGAAUUGCUGCCGUAUGGCAAGAGACAAUGGCUUCGAGUAUAUCUGGGAUGAUACUUGCUGCAUCGACAAAGCAAGUAGUGCCGAACUUUCUGAAGCUAUAAAUUCGAUGUAUCGGUACUAUCAAGAGGCCACCAUCUGUUAUGUAUAUCUUGCAGACGUCCCUCCGGAGUCCUCAGUGACGGAAAUCGCGAACAGCCGCUGGUUCACGAGAGGGUGGACGCUACAGGAGUUGAUCGCGCCGACUGAGAUGAUCUUCUUUGAUAAAACAUGGCAUGAGCUUGGUACCAAAGCAAGCCUUGUGAAUGUCUUGUCCGAGAGGACGAGCAUCCCGGCCGCGAUUCUGUCUGACAGUGAACAGUUGGAGAAGACGAGCAUUGCGCAAAGGAUGUCUUGGGCAGCUGAUCGGGUAACAACAAGAAAAGAAGACAGCGCAUAUUCCCUGAUGGGUAUCUUCGGCAUCAAUAUGCCACUCCUCUACGGCGAGGGCGACAAGGCCUUUUACAGACUUCAAGAAGAAAUCAUGCGAUCCACCGAUGAUCAUAGUCUUUUUGCUUGGAGGUCUGCCACGUCUCGAGGCGGCUUACUUGCUCCCGAUCCAGCCGCCUUUAAGAAUUCAGGCGAUAUCAUUCCUUGGAACCCAUUCGCCGCUUACAACAGUCCAAUCACUAUAACCAACAAAGGUGUUCAUAUGGAGGUCCCGUUUGUCGCUCAGGAUGUGACUGGUCGAAGCCUGUGUGUUUUAUGUUGCACGACAAUCGGCACGAGGGACAAGGUCCUAGCGAUCCAUCUGAGAGAUUUGUACCUGACAAUGGAACACUUCGAAAGGGUCAUUACUGAUCAGCUUGAGUGGAUCGGUCUCGAUACUUUCAACCUUGUCCAAUACCCCGUCAGGCCCCUCUGCGUUAGACUGCAGGCACAAGCAUUGGUCCGCAAGCCCAGACAAGACAAAGAGGGAGAUAAACCCCCACCAUACACCAUGGAUCUCGCUAAUACCCACCUGUCACUAUCGGAAGCCGCGGCCUUGGGCGACGAAGGAAGAGUGUGGUUCCUUUUAGCUCAGAUGCCGGUUGGGUUAUCUGAAGCCGUGUUUAGUGAGGCCAGAUUAGCUAUCUCACGCGCCGCUCGAGAAGGACACGAACGCUUAGUCAGCCAGCUGAUGACCAGGAGAGACACAGCAGAUCUGCUUGUCGACGAACAAGGUCGAACGGCCCUGUCAUAUGCGGCAGAAGGUGGUCAGGAAUCAGUCAUCAGAUCUAUUCUAUCCAGCGCUAGAAUCAAGCCCGAUGCUCGGGAUAUACAUGGACUGACUGCCUUGUGGUAUGCAGUUUCGAACGGACAUAGCUCUUGUGCAAAGAUGCUUCUGAAGACGGGUUUGGUCUCUGGUAAUGUUGGUGGCGAAGGCGAGACGCAAAGUGCACUCUGGCUAGCCACAGUAGCUCAUGACGUCGAGCUUGUCACUAUGCUUAUCCAGAGCAAAGCCCUCGUGGGCAAUACAGCACGCGAGCCAGCCCUCUGUAAAGCUGUAGCCAACAAGGACGUCAUCAUAGCCAGAGCUCUCCUUCAAGGCGGUGCCGAUCCUAAUAGAAAGGAUUCCAAAAGGUACACACCAUUGCACAUUGCAUGCAGAGAUUUGAAUUACAGCAUGAUAGACCUUCUGAUAUCGUAUGGGGCAGACCCAGACAUCCGUGAUCCUUCAGGCAAAACAGAACUAGCAUUCGCGACAUUGCGAGGAGAUAUUGAGCUAGUGAAAUGCCUGCUUGAGAAUGGCGCAAAUCCAAAGACAAAGUGUACGAAUGGAAAGACGCCGGCCUCUUAUGCGCAGGGUCAGGAGAUGAAGAGUCUUUUUGAGGGCCCGAGAUGGUAUAAAACGUUGCUUGAUAGGACUUGUACAGAUCGAUCAUCAAUGGGCAGUCGUCGUGAGAACUGUUGA